AAAGUUAUUCCCAAGGUCCCGUAUAUCCACAAAUAGUUCCAGUUUUGAAAAUUUCAUCCUAAUAAAAGUUGUAGAUCUUGAAAAGUUAUGCGAAAUGAAAAAAAAUCGCUACGAUCGGAUACCCGUGUGAAAAGUUACGUUCGUUUGAAGUUUCGGCCGAAGUUAGGAGUUGAUCGAAAAAAAAAAAAAUUUUGGACCAAACCGCUGGGUGGGGUGGCGGUUUGACCCAAAACCGCCACCCCACCCAGCGGUUUGGUCAAAUUUUUUUUUUUAUAACCGCCCCCUAGGCCCGCGGUUUGCAUAGAAAACCGCGCCUCCGACAAACGGUUUUCGUGUAAACCGCAGGGUGGGGUGGCGGUUUUUGAAAAAUGGUGGUAUUUUUGGAAUUUUUUGGGGUUGAGUGGUAUUUUAAUUUUUUUUUUUUUAAACAGCGGUACUUUUGGAUUUUUUCCUUCCUAUCCUAGGUUGCUGUGAUCUACACUCCACGUACUCACCCGCCAAUAGACCAAAUUACCCCCACUGGUAGGGACAGCGUACGCUUGGGGAUAUCGCCCCUCGGGGAAAAUACAAAAAUUGGGAACAUGUAGAGCACGUGGAGCCCACAUAAAGGGGACCCCACCCAGCCAGACGGGAAAACGACCGGUAAUCCUCCCCAACCCGGAAACCCGAGUGGUGGGACUAGCUCCCUGGACACGUGGACGAAUGAGAUAGCAGAUUUAGAUGGAGCGCUGGCAGCCACAAAUUUCUGGUCAUUAGCUCUCAGCCACAAAUUCUCAGACCCUAGUGGGGGGCUGUCCCUCCCUAACUUUCUUCUUCCCAAAUUCUCUUAUCAUACAAUUUCUAGGAUACACUCCAUUUGCAGCCCAAACUUGUGUCGACGCUGGACUCCAUCUACACAAUUAUCACAACUUUCAGCGACGUAUUGAAAUAGAAAGCCUGCAGCUGAUAAAAAGCUUAUUCAAACCGGAGCAAAUCAGAGCCGCCGCCCUUGCAUAUCUUGAUCGACGGUUCUUAUAAUAAUUUCUGGGUGUUUUUCUCAUCUGGGUUCAGAGUUCAGCGCCUAUCUUUGCAAAUCGACAACUGGGUUAUCCUUCAUUUCUAUUGAUUGAUCCACCUUCCCCUCAAGGUUUGUUCACUUCUUUGCUUAGGGUUGGCUCCCUGUUGUCCAUCUCUUAAGGCUUUGGUUUCUCCUUUGGUUUGUUAAAGGAGUUGGCAUAUUAGGAUGUGAUUUCCUUUUCUUCCCAUCUUUUCUUUUUCACUUAGAAUUUUUGGUUGUUGAGAAAAGAUAGGGAAGAAGUUCGAGAGAACUGCAAUUCUCAUAUGGGAUUUUUCCGAUUUGAGUGUCUAGUUGUUCUAGGAUGGAGGAGUAAUAUUCUCUACUAAACUUAGAUCCAAGAAACUGAUGAGCUUGCCUGUUGGUCUUCCAUCUCUGAUUCUUAUUAUGCAUGUUGAGUAUCUUUUGGGAAUGCUUAUUGAUCUUGGGUACUAUUGUUUUGUUGUUGUAGGAAAGGAUUCCGUGAUGAAUGGAUGUUUUGGGUACGAUGACCUUGUUGUUCCUAAAGAUCAAGGGUUUUCUGAUGGGUUCCAGUCACCGGAUAGUUGGUCAAAUUGGGCACUAAAUGCUUCCAAUACCUUCAAUGACUAUUCUCAGAAAUACUUGCUAUCCCCUACAAAUCUGGCUCCGGAACAGCUCCGAUCUGACACGCAUACUUCUGCUAACCAUCAAUUCGACAUGGAAUGCAGUACUAUCCCAGACAGGGAUCAAUCUAGCUGUUCAAGUUUCGGUGGAGGAGCAAUGGUAUGCCACGAGUCUUUUCACAGGCAGCCGGAUUGUCAUCUGGAUGGCCUUUCAGGGAUCGAGCCUAUGGAUGAUCUUUUCUUGAGUUCUUUGCUUGAUGAUAUGCAAGAGAUGGAACAGAAUUCUCCUUGCUUUUCAUCCGAGUCACAAAACUGCAUGAUUGCUGUUGAUGAUCUCUGGACAGAAGCCACCGCUUUAGAUUCAGACUCAAUAUCAAGCAAUGGUGGAGUUCCUGCAUCGUCACAGUACAGUCCGUGUGACUUGGAGAAAUCAGUUAUUCAUCAACUAAAGGUACCUCCUUUUACUGUAUCAGUAACACCAACUGAGGAAGACUGCAAAGACAUCCAACUACUAAAGGAACCAUCUAGGGAGGAGUCUGCUCUACAUGAGUUCGAACUGGUGAUGGCACAGUUGCCUACAAAGACCCGAAUAUGCUUUCGUGACUCCUUGUAUCGUUUGGCCAAAAACUCAAGACCCCAUGAAGUAGCAAAUGAAGAUGUUGCCAUGGACAUUCCUUCAUGGACAGCUAAAGUUGAGGAAUCAAGAGGAAUGGAACAGGAGACAAAUUCCAUCGACCGAUCCAUAGCUAGCAUGAUGUUUAACAAGAUGGACCUGAACGUGCUGCAGUCAAGCCAUCCACAAUACUUCACCAAUGCGCCUCACAACCCGUCAUUUCGUGGUGACGCUGAGGUUCCAGUUUCUGGCCAUGGAGGAUACAUGGGAGCAGCAGCAGCAGAUUCAGGCAGGCAUUUGUCACGAACUGUGGCAAACUAGUAUGAAGACGGGUCAGGGCGCCAAGCAAGCGACGAAGGGCUUGGUGGAGAGUCCAGCAAACCAUAAGAAUGUUCCACGCGUUAUGUGCAUAUUAGUAUUGUGAGGGUAGUCGUACUAGUAGUGAUAUAUAGUAGAUUUUAGGCCUGCUGUAAAAUCUUCACCAGCCAAAGUUGGUUUUUUGAAGGGCAUGUGUGGAGAAGUGAAUCUUCUCUAUAGACUUGUAUGGUAGCAGAAUACAUCUGGGUUAAGAAUUUGUUCUUCUGACUUAAUAAAGAGAGAGAAGGGAUUUGUUCUCAAUAUAUAGUCGUUCCAGUUCAUUGUUUCUUUAUUAGGGUAUAUAUAAUAGCGACUAAUUUAAAUCUCCAAGUCAAUGCAGGUCAUGGCGUCUAGAGUUUUUGUUCUUCCCGCGUAUCUCCGCGAUACAUGCUGCCCACAAUGUUCAAAGUCAAAACCCGUAACUUUAUUAAGCUUGAGAAACUCGAGAUUUGAGACAAUUCAUUCCCCUAGCAGAGACUAAAAAAACUCGAUUGUCAACUUCCACGACGGCUGGAAAAUAAGGUCAACUGUUUUUG